AUGUUAUUUGAUGAAAAUGAAAUAAAGAAUAGAUGGGAAGAAUAUGUGACAGAUCUGUAUGGUGACAUCAGAAAUAACAAUCUAGAAUUGCCUUCAAAUGAAGAUGGUGAAGAUCUGCUAGUGGAUGAAGCCAAGAAGGCAAUACAUGAACUAAACUCCGGCAAGGCAGCAGGACUGGAUAACAUUAACACCGAAAUACUAAAGGCAUUAGAUGAAGAUAACAUUCAACAUGUCCAUCGAUUUUGCAACUUGGUAUAUAAAAUUGGAAUAUUUCCAGGUGACUUGAACGACUCAAUCUUUAUAAGACUCCCCAAGAAACCAAAAGCUACAGAAUGCUCUGAAUAUCGGACACUUAGUCUUAUGAGCCAUGUACUGAAGAUCAUACUCCGUUAA